UCUCUUUCCUUCUGUGUUUUGCUUGUCUCUGAAUUGCUCGAAGAUGGGGGAUCAAGACAAGAGCCGUUCGAGCUCAUUUCCAAUGGAGAAGACUGCACAAGAGAGGGGCUUGCCCUACGUGCCCGAGUGUUAUGUGAUUCCAACUUCACACCGUGCCAGCUUAACUCCAGAAGUUGCCAAUGUACCCACCAUCGAUUUUGGUAAGCUCAAACAGGGUGCUGAUGAAGAAAGAGCAACUGUAAUCCAAGAAAUUAGAACCGCCUGUCGUCAUCUUGGAUUCUUUAAAAUUAUCAACCAUGGAAUCCAUCAAUCGGUGCUAGAUAGGGCGCUGGCUAUGGCUUUGGAGUUUUUCGAGUUGCCUGGUUCAGAGAAGGCAAAGUUCAUGUCUAACGAUGUUCACAAACCAGUGAGGUAUGGGACAAGCUUCAAAGAUGGAGUUGAUAAUAUUCAAUUCUGGAGGGUUUUCCUCAAACAUUAUGCUCACCCCUUAGAAAAUUGGAUCGAUUCUUGGCCAAACAAUCCACCAAGCUACAGGGAAACCAUGGGAGAGUACUGCAGAGAAGUAAUGAAACUGAGCUUGGAAAUAACAAGUGCCAUCACCGAGAGCCUAGGCCUAGGUCCAACCUACUUAACCAAGAAAAUGGAAAACGGAAUGCAAGUGAUUACAGUCAAUGGCUACCCACCGUGCCCCAGGCCAGAAAUGGCGCUAGGGUUGCCGCCUCAUUCGGACUACAGCUGCUUCACCAUUGUGCUUCAGAGUUUCCCUGGACUGGAAAUCAUGCAUGUUGAGGAUGGAAAAUGGAAACUAAUCCCACAACUUGAGAGUACUGCUCUUCAAGUCCAUGUGGGUGACCAUUUUGAGGUACUAAGCAAUGGGUUGUACAAGAGUGUUGUGCACAGGGCGACACUGAACAGCGACAGGACUAGAAUCUCCAUUGCUAGCUUACACAGUUUGGGACUCGAUGAGAAGAUGAAGACUGCCGAGGAGCUUGUGAAUGAAGAACAGCCUGCGAGGUACAGGGAAAGUAGCUUCAGAGAUUUUCUGAAUUUUCUCUCAAGCAAUGAUAUAGCAGAGGGGACCAGCUUCCUCAACUCACUCAAACUAGCAUAAAUAAUGGAAAUUCUACUCUAGCUAGUUAUAUAUAUAGCUCUUUUGUUGUAAGGUAAUGUUUAAUUUAUGUUUCUAGAUUCAGAUCCUAGCUAGGAGUUUGAUUUAGGGCACAAGCCUCCAGAGAAGCUUAGAAGUUUUCUGUUCAUUUUUUUGGUUACAAGGGAGGCCAAAAAGAAAGAGAGAUCCAAACUCUAGCGUCCAAAUGCAGGUGGUGAAUACACAGUACUAGAGCCAUGCACAAGCCCCUACAAAUCUUAGAUAUAAUGUGUUCUUUCUCUUUUUGCGUGUGUAGCCUUACAAAGGCAAGAACAUGUUACGGUUUUACGGAGAGGCUUCUGCUCACAC